ACCUGGCAACACGGACAGUCGCUUUGUUAACACUUCAUUGAGCCAAGAUGGCAGACUUCGAUGAGAUCAGCGAUGAAGAGAAGGUCCGAGUUGCAGCUAACUUUGUGCUGCAUGCUCCUCCAGGAGAGUUCAACGAAGUCUUCAAUGAUGUGCGGAUACUGCUCAACAAUGAUAAACUUCUCAGAGAGGGAGCUGCUCAUGCCUUUGCCCAGUACAACAUGGAUCAGUUCAGCCUUGCCAAAAUUGAAGGAUAUGAAGAUCAGGUCCUCAUUACAGAACACGGAGACCUAGGUAACGGCCGCUUCUAUGACCCUCAUAACAAGAUCUCCUUCAAAUACGACCACCUGAGAAAAGAAGCCAGCGACCCCCGACCCCAUGAGAGCGAGUCAGCCCUCAGGUCAUGGAGAGACGCCUGUGAUUCUGCACUGAAGGCCUACAUUAAGGAGCACUACCCGGGUGGAGUUUGUACCGUUUACGGGAAAACAAUCGAUGGGCAGCAGACCAUCAUAGCUUGUAUCGAGGGGCAUCAAUUUGAGCCUAAAAACUUCUGGAACGGUCGCUGCCGGUCUGAAUGGAAGUUCAGUGUCUCGCAGUCUACAGCUCAGGUGGUUGGAGUCAUGAAGAUACAGGUACAUUAUUACGAGGACGGGAAUGUGCAGCUGGUCAGCCACAAAGAUGUACAGGAAGCGCUGACUGUGUCUAAUGAGAACCAGACUGCAAAGGAAUUUGUGAAAAUAAUCGAGAAUGCAGAAAAUGAUUACCAGGUGGCCAUCAGUGAGAACUAUCAGACCAUGUCAGACACCACGUUCAAGGCCUUACGCAGACAGCUCCCGGUCACCCGCACCAAGGUCGACUGGAACAAGAUCCUCAGCUACAAGAUCGGCAAAGAGAUGCAGGGUUCUUAGAAGGCAGUCGUUUUAAAGUUUAUGACAAAUGCAAAAAAAAGAAAAAAGACGCUGAAGCUCACGCAGACAUGUGUGGUGGAACAUAAAGUAUUGUAUGUCUUAAAAAAAAGAAAAAAAUAGAGAGACAUUUGUUUGGGUUAUUUUCCAGAGAGAGAGAGAGAGAGCUUCUUUGUUCAUUUUGAAAGACAUUGGUCGGUGUAAUGUUUCGCUUGUAUGCAAACAUAUAAUUUUCUAACAAAUAUUCGCCUUUUGUGGCUCUGUGAAGGUCAGGGUCAUGACCUGUUAUUCACAUGUUAUUAACAGUUUCUGACCCCUGAGUGCUUCUAAUGAACACAAAUUCUCCAAAACCUUGACUGUCUUGUAGCAACUAACUUACUAUCUCCAUAUAAAAUAACUGAUAUUCUUUUAGAGCUUCCAUUACCUUUAUCAUUUUUUAUUAACCGGGGGGGGGGGGAGGAUGCAAUUUAAUGUGGACUGACUGGAAAGAUGUUACAGCUCCAAACUCAGCCAUUUUUAUUUUAUUUUAAAGAUUUAUGCAUCCCUCUGGACGCUGGAUUUUCACCAGCGGACAUGCCAAAGCAUAAAUAUUUCUUUUCUUAUUCACUCAAAAAUAUUUAGUCUUCCCUCUUAAGGUAAAGUUUUCUUGCUUCUCUCUGAUGUAGAGAGACACUUCCAGUGAUAACCUCUCCACAGUAUAUCUGCCCCUGGACUGAUAAGUAUCGGUGUUGUCCUGACAGCUGUUUACCUUUAGCUUUUGCUAUAUUUUUUAUACAAACUGUAAGUACAUUUAUUAUUCAUGAAAUAAAACUAUGAUCUGCAAGAAG